UUAUAUGUCAGAUUUCUACUUUCAAUGGCAGGUAAAUAAAAGGUUAAUAAUGACAACUAAAUUUUUUAACCUAUCUAUAAUUUACACAAAACUGUUUUUAAAAGAAAAAUAUAUUUGUUUUUAUGAAAACCUCUCUAGAAGAUACUACAACGUACUUUUCUUUGGAUCUGACCUUAUUUCCCUUAAAAGCCUACAGAAAGUAAAUCAAUUUAGAAAAAGUGAAAAUAUCAUCAAACGAUUGGACCUGGUUACAGCGAACAGCAGUAAAAACAAAACAAUCAUUGAAAAAUAUGCACAAACUGAGAACAUUAGAUUAUUACAAUGGCCUCAUCUUGACAUAAAAAAUAACGAAUAUGACAUAGGAAUUAUAGUAGCAUUUGGACAUUUAAUUAAAGAAGAUGUUCUCAAAAAAUUUCCUCUAGGUAUGGUUAAUGUACAUCCUAGUUUAUUACCACGAUGGCGUGGAGCAGCUCCAAUUAUUUAUACACUGAUGCAUGGUGAUGAGACUGCUGGAGUUUCCUUAAUGAAGAUUAAACCUAAUAUAUUUGAUGUUGGAGAAAUAAUAAGCCAACAAAAGGUAUUAAUAUCCAAAGAUAUAAAAUUACCAGAGUUAACUGAACAGCUUUCAGAUAUUGGAGCUGAUAUGCUGGUGGAGUGUUUAAGGACAUUGCCCACUUGCCUUACAAAAGCAAUACCACAGAGUAAUGAGGGUGUAACAUAUGCAAAGAAAAUAAACAAAGGAAUAAGUGAAGUUCGAUGGUUUAGUAUGAGUGCGAAAGAUGUUUAUAAUUUAUAUCGUGCGAUUUAUGGACUAUAUCCUUUAACUACAAAAUUCAGAGACAAACGGAUCAAACUUUUUAAUGCAUUUUUAGUCAAUAGUGAUCCUGAAUACACAAACAAAUCAGUUGGAUCACUGGAAUACUGCGAGAAUACCAAAGCUAUUAGAAUAUUGUGUAAAGAUAAACAAUUUAUUUAUUUCAGAACUCUCAGAGUGUUAGGUAAAAGAGAAAUAUCUGCUUUAGAUUUUUAUAAUGGUUACAUAAAAAAUGUUCCAUUAGAUAAAAGAAAUGUAGUGAUAUGUUAAAAUAAAAUACAAUCUAAAAAGAA